AUGGAAACACAUAAUAAAAAAAAUUUAGAUAUUUUCCAAACAGGAAAAAUAUAUGACACAAUAAUAAUAGGAGGAGGAUUGUCAGGCUUAAAUUCUGCAUUUCAAUUGAAAAAAAAAGGAAACCAAUCAUUUUUGAUUUUAGAAUCCUCUAAUAGACUUGGGGGCAGAACUGAGACCGUUCAUUUAAAAAAAUUUGGGGGAUGGGUUGAUUUUGGUGGUCAAUGGUUGGGAAUAUCAAAUGUAAAUUUAUUUAAUUUAAUAAACGAAUUGGGAUUAAAAACUUACAAACAAUAUUAUGAUGGAAAAACUAUUUUAGAAACUGAAACAUCAAAUUUCAAAAAAAUAAAUGAAAAUGAUUUUAAAUUCCAAGAUUUUGAUAUUGAUAAUCUAAUGUAUUUUAUUAAUCAAGUAGAUUCAAUAUCUAGUACUAUUAAUUUUAAUACUGACAUUUCAAAAAACCCAGAAUUUAAAAUAUACGACUCCAUAUCUUUACAUGAUUGGUUAUUCCUAGAAAAAAAUAAAAAAUAUUUAAAUGAAAAAAUAAAACUAUUUUUUGAUUGGGUCGCUAAGAUGGUUCUUGCAUCCAGCUCGAAAGAUAUUAGUUUUUUAUUUUUUAUUAAAUAUUUUAAAUCAAUUGGUAAUUUUGAAGGCGCAUUUGUUUCAAACGAACAAUCAUCAGAAUCCGAUAGAGUAAUUGGUGGAUCCCAAGCAAUUUCACACAAACUUGCUUCGAUCAUAGGAAAAGAAAACUAUUUAUUAAAAAAAAAAGUAACAUCAAUUGACCAAACAAAAAAAAUUAUUACUGUAACUACCGAUUUGAAUUUCAAGUUUUAUUGUAAAAAUGUUAUUGUAACUGCACCACCACUUCAAGUAAAAAAAAUAAAUUUUAUACCAAAACUACCCACCAAGAAGCAUAAUUAUAUUAACAAUAUUGAAAAUGGUGUAGUUAUUAAGGUAAUCGCUGUAUACAAGACCCAAUUCUGGAGGGAAAAGGGUUAUAAUGCCAAACUUAUAUCUUUUAAUGGUCCAAUUCAAGAAGCAUUUGAUAACAGUACACACGAUAACCAAUUAAAAUCAAUUGUAGGUUUUAUUGUAGGAAAAGAUUCAUUCGAGAAAUGGGGUAAAUUAUCUUUUGAAGAAAGAAAAAGUCUAAUUUUGAAUCAAUACGCUAAAUAUUGGGGUGAAGAAGCUUUGCAUCCAGUUUAUUAUAACGAAAAAAACUGGAGCCAAGCUUCAUAUGAAAGUGGUUGUUUUUCUGGAGUAUGCUCACCAAAUCAAAAUCUUUAUGAAAAUGGUUUUGAUUAUACCAAACCUUUUGGCAAUAUCCAUUGGGCUGGAACUGAAACUUCUAACGAAUGGUAUGGUCAUAUGGAAGGGGCCAUACAAUCAUCAAUUAGAGUAACAAAUGAAAUUUUAAAAAAAUCAAUUUCUAAACUUUAA